AUGCGCUCGCUCUCGCUGUUGCUCUGCCUCGCGGCGUGGCUUUCCGUCGUCCGCGGCAGCAUCUACGCGGGCUACACUGUGGGGAGGCAGUUCCAGUACAUCGGCAAGUUCUGCUUCUCCUGGACGCCCACGCUGGACGACGUCGCUGGGCGUAUCGCAGGCGAGAUCGAGACGGACGUGAACGGCCUGCAAGUUGCCAUCUACGACGAUGAAGCGCUUUUCUGGGAUUUCAUCAUGACCGAGAGCUCGUGCGACUGCUACUGCAAAGUAUCCUCUAAACACACCAAGAGCGUGUUCAAUGUCACCGCCACUACGAGUCACCACGUGACCCCCUUCUCCUUCAGUGUGGACAUCCACGAGCACCUCCGACCGAGAUUCUGGUACGUGGCGUUGGCACGCUGCGUGCCAGGCGGGGACGAGUACAAGCCUUCUUUCGCCGAGAUAACCGAGACCAAUUUCCGCAAAUACUACUUCUCGUCGUGGUACAACAUCCACAUGACGCAAGGAGAUGGAGGCGAGCUCCCCGUGCAGCAGCAAGGGAUGCCGACGAUCUACGCUGUCAUGACGGCGGUUGCGGGGGCUGCAGCUGCGGCGCAAAUUGUGGCAGUGCGCGGGAUGAGAAGCAGCGAAUCGUUCCACCCCAUUAUGAGGAUCCUCACACUCGUGGUGUUCUUCUUCUUCCUGUGCAACGCGCUGCUUUUCGUCCACUUUACCGUGUAUCAGUUCAACGGAGUGGGCGUGCCGUUCUGCAAAUAUGCGGCAAAGAUCACAGAAGUGUUCGUUCGGGUAGGGACGUUGUUACUCUCCAUGUUGAUCGCCAAAGGAUGGACCAUCAACAGUGUGGCGCUAGACGGUCAGAUCAAGCUGUCGUGCGUCAUUUUGGCAGUGCUCGUGCUGUAUCUGUCCAUGGCCAUGUGGUACCUGGUAUGGCUCGACCCGGCAUCCACGCUCUACAUUUACGACUCGUGGCCGGGGCUUGGGAUCUGCAUGCUGCAAAUGGGAGUACUCGGGUGGUUCAUCAACACCAUUUUGGAAACGCGCUCUUACGAGAAGGCUUCAGCUAAGCGGUACUUCUUCUUGCGGAUGUGCUGCUUGUUCUCAGUAUUCUUCUUAGCUCUGCCUAUCAUUGUGCUCAUCGCGUCAUUCUUGUCACCGUGGGUGCGCGAGAAGACAGUGGCCGCCAUGACGACGUCGGUGCACUGCUUCAUUUAUCUGACCCUCAUCUACACGCUCUGGCCGAGCCGGGCGCCUCGCUACUUCGAGCGCCUCUACUCCGUAUCUUCUCCUUCUGAGAAAGCAUCCUUGUGCGACCAAGGUCUUCCCACUGAAGAGCUGUAG